AUGCUGCAGCAGGUUUGGAGCGGGGACGGCGCGGAACGGGAGGGCGAGGCCGCCAGCCACGCGGGCGACGAGGUCAACAGCAGGCUGGUGGCGCUGGAGGAGCGCCUGUCUGCCGCCUGGGAGCAGCUGCAGGCCUCGCGGGAGGCCAACCACGGGGACGCCGCGCGGCUGGAGAAGCGGCUGGAGGCUCACGGCGGCGAACUCGCUGGCCUCCGCCGCGCGGUGGGCGAGCUCGCGGGCGAG